UUCCAUCAGACAAAGGGCUCCUCAGAGGAAGGGUUGUCUACCUCCCUCUCAGCUGAGGUAGCUUCAGAAGGCGGCAUUGUCUCCCAACAGACUAGACAUCCCCAAAGGCAAGGUUAUCAGUCUUCCUUGCUUGGUCGUCUGGGAGCCUCAGUGUGUCCCCUCAGACAGGUGUCUAUCAGCUUUGAGCCUUUUCGAUCAGUCUUUCUGAUUUGUGACUGUCCUGUUGAUGUGUGGGCUUCUAGGGACAAUGGAAACUUCUAGGGAAACUUCCUUUCUCCCCUUUAGACAAGGAGCCCGAUUCUUUAAUUUUUGUUUCCCCAUGCCCAGCCCUUCCUCCCAGAGGGGCUCGGCUUUAGAUGGGCCGGGUGUUGGCUGAAUUGUGUAGAUCCUGGUUGGGUGGGACUAUUUUGGGGAAGCUUGGGGUUGGGACUCUGCCCAGGGAGUUAGCUUCCUGGCCUCAGGUGCCCUACUGUUCAACAGAGGCGGCAGGCAAGCUUCUCCUAGUUAUUCAUUCUACCGUCAGCUUUGAGUAAAAAGGGAUGGGAGGGCGAAAUGAAGUGAAUCACACACUUGGGUCUGGGCCUGACCCUGCCUACUCCUCCCUCAUUCUAUAUCCGGCUUCCUGUGCUCUGAGAAAUCAAGGAAACAUGCUCUCAAAGAAGCAAGCUCUCAGCGGCUUCCGUCCCCUGCAGCUCCACCAUCUCUUGAACAAGCAUCUUCACCACUGCUCAGGAAACCUCUGCAGUAUUCAAGUCUGGCUGGCUCAGUCAGUGUGAAGGUUCCUGUGGCAUCCGUUGGAGGGGCCCUAGGUCACUGUAUUUCCUCCCAGGGGUGACUUGGCAGUGAUACGCUCUGUUUCCUCACUUCUGCAAUUGCCAGGCCACAACACAGAGGCUUGAGCUGAGGCUUGGACCCGGAGGGACACGCAGAGCCUACGGCUGAGCUCCUAUAGGGACAUACAACGUUCCAUGACCAGGUGACCCUUCCUGCCCAGAGCAAUGGAGCAAAAUGGCUCCUUCCGUGUGGAUUCUGAGUUUCGAUACACCCUCUUUCCGAUCGUUUACAGCGUCAUCUUUGUACUGGGCGUGGUUGCCAAUGGCUAUGUGCUGUGGGUCUUUGCCACCUUGUACCCGUCCAAGAAACUGAAUGAGAUAAAGAUCUUCAUGGUGAAUCUCACCGUGGCGGACCUGCUCUUCUUGAUGACCCUCCCGCUGUGGAUUGUCUAUUACUCCAACGAGGGCGACUGGAUUGUACACAAAUUCCUGUGCAACCUGGCUGGCUGCCUCUUCUUCAUCAAUACCUACUGCAGUGUGGCCUUCCUUGGCGUCAUCACUUAUAACCGCUACCAGGCAGUAGCCUAUCCCAUCAAGACCGCCCAGGCCACCACCCGCAAGCGUGGCAUCACUUUGUCCCUGGUCAUUUGGAUAUCCAUCGCGGCUACUGCAUCCUACUUCCUGGCCACAGACUCUACCAACGUGGUGCCCAAAAAGGAUGGCUCAGGUAACAUCACCCGCUGCUUUGAGCAUUAUGAGCCAUACAGUGUGCCCAUCCUUGUCGUCCACAUCUUCAUCACCUCCUGUUUCUUCCUCGUCUUCUUCCUCAUCUUCUACUGCAACAUGGUCAUCAUCCACACGCUGCUCACGCGGCCUGUGCGGCAGCAGCGCAAACCGGAAGUGAAGCGCCGGGCGCUGUGGAUGGUCUGCACUGUCUUGGCGGUAUUUGUCAUCUGCUUUGUGCCCCAUCACGUGGUCCAGCUACCCUGGACCCUAGCAGAGUUGGGCUACCAGACCAACUUCCAUCAGGCUAUUAAUGAUGCCCACCAAAUCACCCUCUGCCUCCUGAGCACCAACUGCGUCUUAGAUCCUGUUAUCUACUGCUUUCUCACCAAGAAGUUCCGGAAGCACCUCAGCGAAAAGUUUUACAGCAUGCGAAGUAGCCGGAAGUGCUCCCGAGCCACUAGCGACACGUGCACCGAGGUGAUGAUGCCAGCCAACCAGACUCCUGUCCUGCCAUUGAAAAAUUAAUCAAUGCUUAUUAAAGCCAGGUCCAGAGCCUUCUCUUUUAUGGCCCCCACCGAUGGCGCAGAAAGCUAAGAGGUUCCUGCCUGUGGCCAACCCCCAACUUGGACCCUGGUGGACUCUUAAGUGAGGCAGUUACUUCCUCACAGAGAGCCAUUUGCUGGAAAAUACAGAACUCCAAUGCUCCUUUUCAUCCAUCUUUGAGUCAACACUAGAGGGUUGUGGCUGAUGGACUCAUCCAGGGCUUCAGAUUGUGACAACCCUGCUAGCACCAGACCUUGGGGAGAGACGCUGAGCAGCCCAGUUCAUUCAACUGGGACAGCAAUUUAAGGAUUGGGCAGUGACUUCCGGGUGCUACAGGAAGAGGGGAGAGGGGUUGUGGGGACUCUUCACUGAUUGUGAUCUUUGGCAAAACAAUUGGGUUUAGGAUGGUGCCUUCCUUUAUCCAUCUACAGAUACAAGGUCUUUGUGGCUCUUCCUAGAGGAAGUGGUUUGGUGGUUAUCGCCUGACUCACCCAGCACCUUGCCUCAGACAUAACCAGAGGAGAUAACACAGACGCUGACCAGAAGCUAGGAUGGGUGCAUGUUUGCUGAGGCAGCUGAGUUUUGCCCGGGCCUGAGUGAGUGCUGAGGGAAUGGAAGAGAGGUGGCUACCUCAGAACACUGCACUUUCCACUUCCGGCAGGCAGCUUCUUUUGAGGUCCUCUGGCCACCUGGUGGUGAUUUUUUGACAAGUGUCUUAGUCUCAUUUCACUCACCGUGCCCAGAAAACAACUCGAGGAGGGAGAGAUUUAUUUUGGCUCACAGUUUGGAGGACCUCAGUCCCUCACGGCAAGGAAGGCAUGGUGGGGCUCAGACUCUGGUGGUGGGAAUAGGAGACGGAGGUUGUCCACGUGGCAGUGAGCCAGGAACCAAGACUGCACCUUAACCCAGGGUUGGGAUAUAACCCACGCCCCCGCGCCCCCAGCCACCUACUUCUACAGCCAGGUCCUACCUCCUCCUAAAGGUUCCACAGUCUCCCGACCUAGAGAGCACGGCCCUGGGCCAGUGAGAUGGUCGUGGAGGGUAGAGAGCACUUGCAGCUAACACUGCUGAUCAGAGUUUGAUCCCAGAAGCCACAUGGUACAAAGAGAGAACAGAUUUCUGCAAGUUGUCCUUUGACCUUUGCUUUCAUGCUGCGGCACACACAUGUCCCGCCUCCCCCAUAUACAUAUAAAUAAAUGUACAAAAUUAAUAGGAUAAAGCAAAACGAAUAUGACCCCAUAGGAGUAUACAUGAAACGGCAGGUGUAUUCAAAACAUACCUGCUAUUUCAUUUAAGUGAGAUCCCCCCCGGCCCUCUGAGAAGUAUCCAGAAGCCUCAGACUCAGAACUCUGAGGACCUUUUCCUGUUUUCCUGAGCCUUGUGCUUUCGAGUGUCUCCUUGAAGCUGGGUCAAUUGCUUCCUGUCUGCUAGACAAGCAUAGGCUUGUUCCAACGGACAAGCUUGAGUUUGGAAUGAUGACGGCAGUCUGGAUCUAGCUGAAGGGGACAAAGUGGCUAAAACAACUUGAACUUCGUAGACAUCUUACAAACCCGGGUUCAAGUCUUGCCUGUGCUGAAUGUUGCUUAGGACGUGGGAAUAUAAUUUUCUACCUCUUGGUGUUGUUAGCUGGGAGGUUCAACCUACCUCACGGGACUUCUGGGCAGUGCGUGUUCAGCUGACUCUGGGCUAUUUAUCCCUAUCCUCCCCUUUGCUGGGAAUUUGGUGCCCUCGAUCCUUGGUUUAGAACUGAAGGGGUGAGGGUUAGAUGUCUGGAUGCGGGGUGCACCUUUUGGGGAGCUGUGACCAUGUUUACAUGUGAAGUGGGUUGGGUGGCCACCUAGGUGACUGGUAGAUAGAAGUGGCUUUUCAAAGAAAUCAGGUUAGACCAGACAGAAGCUAGAACGUGGCGAGAACACUCAGCUUCAGAGGGGCCAGCAGGCACGUCCCCGGUGCUUUCUCUUGCGUCCCGGGAGGUUCUUGUCAGGAUUCCUUCUCUCUCCUUCCCUAAGCUCAUUGAAAUGGUUGUCUAGUGCUUUCAAUCAAAUAACAUCCUCUGCCUCUGUGUUAAUAUGAUAUAGUCUGAAUUUCAUCGUCUGCAAAUCUCCCUUGCCACUGGUUUGCAAUAUCCAUUUACCACAGUAGGUUUGCUUAAUAAACAUUUUUCUCUUCAAA